AUGACCGACCGCGAACAGAAGCUGACCAUCGCCAUUGGGAAUCCUCUGCAUCCUGUCGCUCAUUGGCAUACUGCUUUGGACGCUGCCUCUUUCAAUCGUAUUCCGGGCCAGUGGUGCGUAUUUCUGGGUCUGAAUCGGUCAGACGAAAUCCCUGAGACACUGAAAUCCUCUCCGAAGAAGGGCCCCAAGAAAGCUUUGCCCAAACCAACGGGUAAGGCAGGUAAGAAACACAAGAGGCCGAGGAAGGAGAGUUUCUCCAUCUACAUCUACAAAGUAAUGAAGCAUGUUCACCCCGAUACUGGCAUCUCCUCCAAGGCCAUGAGCAUCAUGACCUCGUUCAUCAUCGACAUCUUCGAUCGAAUCGGGGGCGAGGCUUCCCGCUUGGCCCACUACAACAAGCGGUCAACCAUCACUUCCCGGAAGAUCCAGACCGCUGUGCGCCUGCUGCUGCUCAGGGAGCUGGCCAAGCACGCCGUGUCCAAAGGGAAAAAGGCGGUGACCAAGAACAACAGCAAAAGUAAAGCUCCCCAAUGAGAUGAUCGAAAACACAACGAAAACACUCACCAUUUCAAUGAGAGAGUUGUACUAGCAUUUAGGUAAUAAAUUACAAAGCACAUAGUUUAUGUCUGGUGACUUUUACAAGAGCUAAAUCACAGUUGGAAUAACCUCUGAAUGCACUGACAAGGAGUUGUUACCUCCCCCUCCACAUCAGUCCGUCGCACUCGGUAUCCAUGCCAAGCGGAGGAUUGCUGCCGUUGUUGUUUUAUUUCUGGCUUCAGGAGUUUAUUUGGUUACAGUUGAGUAACUCUCGAAUCUCAUUUCAACGCGCGCCUGAAAGACCUCAUGGCUUUUUCACAGAACAACUUUUUUAAAAUUGCAGACUAGACGCUGAUCACGGUUUGAGAAGAGCCGUUUGUCCAUAACCUGAUUACGUUCACAUAGUGACUGACCGUGGACAGAAGCUGAGGGUCAGUUUUAUUCGGUUCCGUUACGGGUUGAAGGAAAU